GUCUGUAAGCUGCUAUCACGCAGGCGCGCUCCGAACGCCGGCUUCUCUGGUCUCGCUGCUCCCUCGAUACACGGCGGCGGCGGAAAGCGAGCGAGGCCUGGUGAGCGCCGCUCAAGCCGCAGGCCAGCUUGGAAGGGAAGCAGUGAAAGCUUGACGGCCUCACUUCACCCAUCGUGCGCUCGAGAUCGGCUGUCGCGGAACCAGAAAUCAUGACCACCUCAGGAAAAGAGAACUUCCGCCUAAAGAGUUACAAGAACAAGUCCCUGAAUCCUGAUGAGAUGCGCCGGAGGAGGGAAGAAGAAGGACUUCAGUUACGCAAGCAAAAAAGAGAGGAACAGUUGUUCAAGCGAAGAAAUGUUGCCACAGCAGAAGAAGAAGCAGAAGAAGAAGUAAUGUCAGAUGGAGGCUUCCAUGAGGCCCAAAUCAAUAACAUGGAGAUGGCAUCAGGUGGUGUCAUUACCUCUGAUAUGAUUGAAAUGAUAUUCUCCAAUAGCCCAGAGCAGCAACUUUCAGCAACCCAGAAGUUCAGAAAGCUACUUUCAAAAGAACCUAAUCCACCAAUUGAUGAAGUCAUCAGCACACCAGGAGUUGUAGCCAGGUUUGUGGAAUUCCUCAAACGAAAAGAGAAUUGUACAUUACAGUUUGAAUCAGCUUGGGUGCUGACAAAUAUUGCUUCAGGGAAUUCCCUUCAGACUCGAAUUGUGAUUCAAGCAGGAGCUGUGCCAAUCUUCAUAGAGCUGCUCAGCUCAGAAUUUGAAGAUGUGCAGGAGCAGGCAGUCUGGGCUCUUGGUAAUAUCGCUGGAGACAGCACCAUGUGUAGGGACUAUGUGUUAGACUGCAACAUUCUCCCCCCUCUAUUGCAGCUACUUUCAAAGCAGAACCGUUUGACCAUGACUCGGAAUGCAGUGUGGGCCUUGUCUAAUCUCUGCAGAGGGAAAAAUCCAUCACCAGAUUUUGCAAAGGUUUCCCCCUGUCUGAAUGUACUUUCUUGGUUGCUGUUUGUUAAUGACACUGAUGUGCUAGCUGACGCAUGCUGGGCACUAUCGUAUCUAUCAGAUGGACCCAAUGAUAAAAUUCAAGCAGUAAUUGAUGCAGGAGUAUGUAGGAGACUAGUGGAGCUACUCAUGCAUAAUGACUACAAGGUGGUUUCUCCUGCUUUACGGGCUGUUGGAAACAUUGUUACAGGCGAUGAUGUCCAGACACAGGUAAUUUUGAAUUGCUCAGCCCUGCAGAGUUUAUUGCAUUUACUCAGUAGUCCAAAGGAAUCUAUCAAAAAAGAAGCCUGUUGGACAAUAUCUAAUAUCACAGCUGGAAACAGGGCUCAGAUCCAGACGGUGAUAGAUGCCAACAUUUUUCCAGCUCUCAUUAACAUAUUACAAACUGCUGAGUUUCGGACACGUAAAGAAGCUGCUUGGGCUAUUACAAAUGCCACUUCUGGGGGUUCAGCUGAACAAAUAAAGUACCUAGUGGAACUUGGUUGUAUCAAACCACUAUGUGAUCUCCUCACAGUCAUGGACUCUAAAAUUGUACAAGUUGCCCUGAAUGGCUUAGAAAACAUCCUGAGGCUUGGUGAGCAAGAAGCCAAGAGGAAUGGCAAUGGCAUUAACCCUUACUGUGCAUUGAUUGAGGAAGCUUAUGGUCUGGAUAAAAUUGAAUUCCUACAGAGUCAUGAAAACCAGGAAAUCUACCAGAAGGCCUUUGAUCUCAUUGAGCAUUACUUUGGGACAGAGGAUGAGGACAGCAGCAUCGCUCCUUCAGUAGAUCUUGACCAGCAGCAGUACAUUUUCCAGCAGUGUGAGGCUCCCAUGGAAGGUUUCCAGCUUUGAAGCAAAGUUCUUGUAUGUUCCUGUGUCAGAUCAGGCUACUCGAUCAAGUCCUCUUGUGGAGCCCACAGCCCUCAUGGAGCUAAUUUCUCAAUGUUUUCCAUAAUACUGUUUGCGCUCAUUUGCUUGCCUUGCGCACCUGCUCUCUUACACACAUCUGGAAAACCUCUGGCUCUUUGUGGUGGAAUGCCCUCUUAACAAAGGGGUAACCAGAAUGGCCCACCCUCUUAUGGAAAACCCAUAGGCUUUCGAUAUCAGCAUUUACAUUUUACAAGAGUUGUGUGGGAACAUUUCUAUUAAUAUGGAUCCCUGCCUUUGUUUGAAAAAAAAUUAUUGCCCCUUUGUUCCCCUUUAAAUGGAAAAAAAAUUAUACUGACAAAAGAUAAUACUAACAUUUAUCUUUUAUUCCACACAACUUGCUUUCAAGUCAAAGGAGAUGUAGACACAUUGUGUGUACUUCAGAGUUCUUUUCUCAUGCUCUUCCACAGUAACCCCUUGGAUUAGUUGGUGAAUUUCUCCAGCCAAAUUGGCAUUACUCCUCACUGAGAUUGAUGAAUUCCCUACCACCCCCUAUUCGUACAACUCUUCAGAUAUUAAAGUAAGCCAUCAGCGCCCCCUUAUCUUCAGUCUUUGGUGAAUGUGCUUUUUGGUUGUCAAGAGUGAUGAAGAAUUAAUUGACAUUUUUAUUCUAGAAAGUCUAAGUACCACGAUCUGGGUUGCAGGUCCCCUUAGAGGAAAAGGGAUAAAGGGGCAUAUAUGGCUAUUGCUCCCCUUUGGUCAUGAACAUUUUAGGAUUUGGAAGUGGCUCAGUUUUAAUGCUGUUAUGAGGACUCCCAGAAUUAAAAUCUACAUGACAUCUCCCCAGACCUGAACACAGUGUGACUAGAAGCAGUGUCUCUGCAUUAAUGAAGAAAUGUUUCAGGCUUUGUGGUCCUGACCGAGGUCCUUAAGGUAUUGGAGUUCUCCCUUAGGUGCUCUCACUCUCUGUGGCUGUCAGAAAACAUCCAUUUAAAGAUUGCUUGAGGAUUUUUUUUUUUUUUUUGGUCUUAGGCAGCUUAAUCUUAACACAUUCAUGCUGUAAACGUGACUCUUUUAGCCUAGACCAUCUUUAAUCUGUUUUAAUAUUAACAACAGGAAUAAUAAUAAUAAUAAGGAAAUAACCAGGAAAACUGGAUAGUGUUAUGGUUCUUCCAGCUGUGAAAUAUAGUUCUGACCACAGCUCCCUGUCAUAUGUCCUCCUUCCCUGCCUCCCUGCCCCCCCCCAAAAAAAACCACCCCACCUUCUCAACAUAGCACUACUUUAAUUUAAAGGGGGGCAUGGAUCUUGUAAUUUCACUGAUGAUUUUAUUCCAUCCCCUUACUAGUAACUGCAAUCUUUGAAUUAGUGCUAAUGUGCAUCUGGCUGUGUUGGUGAGGUGCUGCUUCGUGCAUGAUGACCCCCAUCUGUACCGACAAACAGUACCUCAGCUAGUCCACAGCAUGUUUGGACUGGACCUUCGGAUGAAAAGCUAAGGAGCUCAAUGCCAACGUGAGUUGAAUAUGGUUUCUUCUCAGUGCUAGUUGGCCAUCUGGAUACAAUAUUGGGACACGAUCAGCGAAGAUUUGCUGUUGCCCUUCUGUGCCAAUGGGUUCUGAAGGAAAGCUGCUCACUUCUGUUUCUGAACACACCCUUUGACACAACUUUGGAUUUUUUUUCUUGUUUUCUAGGAUUCAUACUCACCCCCAAAGUAAACCAUUUGAAAAGUUACCAUUGGUGGGCUUCCCUGCAUCCCUGGGGAGCCCUCCUGGGUGUGUGGGAUGUACAGAGCUUUCAUACCUCAUCGUGAUGCUAUUCACCAUUGGCAACCGGCAACAGCAGCCACUUGACAUGACCUGACUUUAAAAUUGUUUUUAAAAAGUCAUCCAAACCAGAAAGAUGCAGAGACAGCGGACAUUAUCAGCUCCAAGUAUGACACAUGCUUCCUUCAUGACAUCCAGUCUGUACUUGUGUCUGUGCUCUUGGAUGGAUAACGUCUGAUGUAUGUAUGUUAAUCUUGGAGCAGCCCCUGAAAAACUAGUCCACUCCAUCCACAACUGUUACUUCUUUCUAGUGCUGCUUUGUGCUGAAAGAACAUCUAGUUUACUGCACUUGACCUGUAAAGGGACUUUGAUUCUUUGUAAUUUUAGGGAUAAAUUAGGUGGUUAAUUUAAAAAAAAAAAUCUUCAAUGUUGCCUUUACAUCACAUUAAAAAUAACUUCUCUUUCAGAAGGGUGAUAGAAGCACUGAUUCGUAGCAAAAUCUUGUUUUUAGCUUUGACAUUUUUUUUUGUGGCUGGAUUUUUUUAAAUUGUAAAUUACUGAUAACAUGUCAUUUCUAUAGGAUCUGUUUUAAAUCAUGUACCUUUUAUUGGACAGUACAAAAAUACAGCAUAUUUUGUAAACUAAUUUGAAUGGAAAAAAUAUAUAAAGCACAGCAGAAAGUUGUUUCCCCUCAGUUAGUAAGAAUAGUGUAUGUUGGGAAUUUUUGCUAGUAAUGGCAGGUGCCUAAAUGAGUGAAUUAAAACAAAGAGUCCAUUUAAAAUGUGUUCCGUCUUUCUGUCCAAAACAAGGGAAUUUUUCUUCUCCCUGAAAGGAGCAGGUUUGUGAAUUAUGACAUAUGGGCUACCUCAGGUUCUGUACAACAAAAUUACCAUUGUAUAAAUUUUAAGAAAUUAUUUUACUGCAGAAAUUCUCCCUCCCUUCUCCACAUCCCCAAGGCUUGGAGGGGACUAUUUAGAUAGUAGGAGAAGAUCUCUAAUAGAAGUCCCUCUGUCUAAAAAGCUUGUACUUUGUCCUUUCUCACUGCUGUUGGCUUGCAGUUUAACUCUACAGAGUUAAGUGGUUUGGAGCAAAACAAGAGUAAUGAGUGGGAAGGAGAGGAAUAAUUAAUUAUGAAGCAGUAGAAUUUACAACAAGCUGUGGGACUACCCUGAAAGAGGGGGAAGGGAGUGUGGAGGAGGAAUGAGCAACUGAGAAUGAUUUCUUUGUAGCAGCUGCUUUCUCUCAGCCAUGGAAAGCCUAGCUUCCCAUGUUUGCAAUUCUCAAUUUUCCCACUUUCCCUGAGUUUCUUCUUAUUUGCUUUGUUGCUUUAUGUUUCUAUGUGGCAGAAUCCUAUUUUAUUUACUUUUAAAAUGAUUUCUCCCAGAGAAAUCAUUUUUGACACAAUAAUUUUGUGUCAUUUUUUUUAUCAGUAUAUAUCAUUUUUUCCCUUUCAAAAAGAUCUAAUUUUAUAAAGGUGGCCUGUAUUGGGACCAAUAUAUAAUUAAAUGUUGGUAUGAAUUGAAGUAACUAUGAAUUACUUUUGUUUUCUAAAGUUCCUAGUUUAAUCAUUUCAUUAAUUGACUUAUUUUGAGCCAGCCACAAAGUGCCUGUCACAGGAAGUGUGUAUGUUAAUUUUGUUUCCUGAUAUAUUAAUUAUUGAAUGACGCAAGUAUGUUUACUUCAAUACUGUAAAGAUUCUACAGUCUCAUGUUAUCCUUCUGGGCACAAGUUUUCUCUUUUCUUAGUUAUUUUUCCAAAGCUUGCAGGUCUGAAUAAUUCCAGUUAGAUUUUAUUAUGAGAACCAAGGUGGAGAGAAAUCAGUGAUAAUCAGGAGAGACUGUAGCUAGAUAAGAUUGUAGUGAGUGGUAGGGAAUAGGGAAGACAUGGUACAUGUAGACAGGAAAAGAAAGAUAAGAUUAGGAAACAGAAUUCUCCCUGGAUCUUUUGGAUUUUCUCAUCCUUGCUAAUCAGUUGCUGUUUUCUCCUUCAUUGUCCUUGUUCUCAUUUACUCUUAGUUGCAUGCCAUGGAAAAGUCAACCUUUGGAUGACAGUACUAAGUAAAUUUCUUCACAAAGCCAGCUGAGCUGAACCUGAAACAACUGUAAAUCUUUUUUAUAGGCAUAGUUUGAAUCAGUAGUAAGCCUAACUCUCAGUGAUGUUCAUUUGCCUAAACAAAAUCAAAUUUCCUCAAAACAUUAUAUUGCUUUAAACCCUUCUAUUAUCAUUUCUCUCAGGCAAGUUUGUUUGCUUACCUAGAGCAAAAUUAUUACCAAAAUUUAGACACAGCUUGAGGUAAUGUUAUAAAGGGGCUUCCUAAAGUCGGAAGUACGCCAUGUUCUUUUUCUUCUUUGGAUGCAGUGGAGAAGAUAAAUAUUGUCCAUCUUGAGCUGAGACUUGACUAGUAUAAAAUAUUUUUUCUGCAGAGUGGUUUCAACAUGAAAAAUGUUUUUCAUGUACAUAUGUAAGUAAUAAUUUUAAUACAUAUGCAUACACUCACGUGGAUCUGACUUAACUGUGGAGUUUUUUAAGUAAUUGUAACAUUGUCAGAACAGCAUGGUUCGGUAAUGAACAUUAUCCAGACUUUAUAAGGAGCCUUGUUAUUAUUCCAUAUUUAUAUCUGCAAAGUGACGGUUGAAAUAGAUGUCUCAAAAACUCCCACAGAUUCACAGAAUUGAGAGUUGGAAGGGACCUCAGUGCAACACUCUAGUCUGGCUAAUCAAAGAAAUCAUCAUAGCACAGCUGGCAAAUGGCCAUCUUCUGCUUAAAGGCUGCCAAGGAGGGGUGACCUUUCCCCUUUAGAGUUAGGUCUUUCCACCUUUGGACAGCUCUAAUCAUUAGGAAUUUUUUCUUGACUCCAGCCUCUCUGCAGCUUCUAUCCUUUGCUCCUGAUUCUGCCCUCUGGGACCAAAUCCCUAUGACAGUCAUUGUAUCUCCCCCUCCCUCCCUCCUCCCAAGUUUUUGUGUCUUCCUCCAAGCUAAACCUGCCCAAUCUUCAACUUAUCCUUGUGUGGCAUGUCCCUUCCAGCUCUAAAAUUCUUUGAUAUGGUAUUAGAACCAUUUUGCUUUAUUAUGAGCUACACAAAAUACCCAAAUGGGAAUUAAUGCCUUUGAGUAAUCAGAGCCAAGUGUGGACUCUUAAUGUUUUACUAGGAUAGUAAAACUUCUGUUAAUGAAGAGAAUCAGUUCUAGGGACAAAAUCCUCGCUACGUGUAAAAGCAACAGGAGACACAGAUAAGUUUCUAAGAUGUUUGAAAAAGAAUAAGUUAUUGCAAAUAAAACAUGUUAAAUAACAUCAGAUAUGUUCACAGAAUAGAUGAUGGGAAGUUUUUUUGUGCAAAAGUGUGGGCUAAGGUUACAUGGGGGAUGGAGAGAAGGGAGAAAACCCCAGAGGAUAGGGAGAUCUAGGAAAAAGCCAGUGCAGAUGUGCCAGCAAUCCCAGACAGUAAACCAUGGUCAAACCCAUCUGGAUUGAUAUGCCUCAGAAGUAGAAGGCCAACUCACUCCAAAAUGCUUAUAAGGGGAAUUAUAGUGGGUUCCCGUAUGAAACCAAAGGCAAGACUUUGAAAACUAUUGCAUACUAAGGUCUCAACUAGAAAGGCUUUUAAUGUAUUUGUGCAAUAUCUUAUAAGACACAUGCAGUAUAGUAAAAUUUAUGUAAUAGUGGCCUGUGUAAUAGCUGUCAUUUGUGUAGUGCUUUUAAGAUUUACAGAAUGUUAUUUUCUUUGACUUAACAGUCCUGAGACAUGAGUACUACAGCUAUUAUCCCAGAUAAGGAAAACGAGGUUCAGGUUAGGUGAUUUGCCCAAAGUCACACAGCUUAUAUCUACUGCUCCUUAGAAUAUUCUAGAGUUUGAAUUCAAGCAAAUGAAUGUCAGUUAUCAAAUAUGUAUUGGAUACUAUUCAAAGAACAUAAGCCUGUUUCAACAGUCAAUAAAACCUGACAUUUAUAUAGCUUUAAGGUUUGCAAAGUGCUUAAUACGUGAUUUCAUUUGAACCCUACCACAACUCUGUAGGUAAGUACUACAGGCACUCUCCCCAUCUCAUAGGUGGAGUAACUGAGUCUCAGAGAGUUCAGUGAUUUGCCCUGGUCAUGUAACUUAGCAAGUCUUGGAGGCAAGCUUUGAACCCAGAGCGCUGUCGGUUACAGCACAGUACUACAAUACAGUUCCACCUUUUAGCUCUCAGUCAUGCCCUUAAGACACAUGAAUUUGAGGCCAUGAAGCUAUUGGAAAAAUAUAUAUAUAAAAGUGAGUUUCCCCUUUUGCUAUAGUUGAAAGAGCAGCCAAAAUGGAAGGACUGUCUUCUCAUUCUUAUAUUCUAAUUUCUUGUUAUAUAGUUGCAAUGGUUCUGUCUCUUUAUUUCUUCCUAAAAGAGUUUUGCAUAAACUAUAUGGCGCAAGGCUAGAAGCAAUUGGUUACUGUCUAGGUUCAAGAUCACUAGUAACUUCUGAAGGGUCAGUUGUGCUUGUCAUAAGUUAUGAAAACCAAUGUAGGCUUUAGUUGCCUGGUAGGAGGGUAAAAGCAUAGCAGGUGAAAGCCUGGGGAGAUGGGGGGGGGAGGCAGGGAUAGUAGUGGGACAAGGAAAGUGCUGUAUAUCAAGUUCUUGUGGAACCUAUGCAGGAUGGGAAACUAGCCAUGGAAAGGGAAAGGUAGAGGGCAGGCAGAGGGAAAGGGAUAUGCAUUUAUCAAGCUUCUACUAUAUGUGUCAGGUUGUGUGCUGUGCUUAACAGGUCUCUCAUUUGAUGUAAUAACCCUGGAAGUGGACGCUAUUGUGAUCCUUAUUUUAUAGUUGAGGAAAAUGAGGCAGACAGGUUAAGUGACUUGAACUGGAUCACACUAUCAAAAAAUCGGAGACUGGAUUUGAACUCUGGCCUUCCUGACUCCAGACCUAAUGCUUUAUCCUCUACACCACUUAGCUCUCAGUGAAGGGACUGUUAGGGGAAGAGCAGGUAAUAUGUGGUUCCCAAGUAAUUAUGCUAAUUCAUCUGGUAAGUUUAGACAAAAUUAGAGAUAGGGAAAGAGUUUCUCAGGAUCCUUGAGUUGCAGGCAUUAACUGAGGGUUGGGGAGGCAAGUGAACUCAUAGUAACUGGUCCCUUUGGAAUUAGAAAUUGCACUUUAGGAAACAUCUAAUGAUAGCCAGGGAUUAAUGCAUAAGCAGCUGCAUCACCAAAGUGAAGAAAUGUGUUUUAAUAGGAAAGGCAGAUAGUCCCUAACAAAGGAGAUAGUACUAAUAGCAGUGCACUUCCAUGUAGCCUGGGUAUUAGAAGUUAAAUCGCUCCAAGAGUAGCUGGGUUUUUUGUUUGGUUUUUUCCCCCUAGGAGG